AUGUUAUUACUACUCAUCCCGUUAUUUUACGCGGCGUGUGCGGACAACGAGGGCAUCGUUGCCCAAGGCAUUACCAGGAUCAAAAAUGGGAUCAAUUUGCUCGAGGAGAAAAUGAAAGCGUUGGAAGCGACCGAGUUAAACAUCAUGAAUGAGUUGGACGCAGACAACCAGGACUUGACACACGUUGGGUUGUCUUCCGAUAGAAACAAGGCACGGCAGAAAGUAAGAGAGGAGCGGAUUUCGUUGCGGAAAAUCGCCCGUACAAAGCGACUUGUGUUGUCAAAAAUGUAUAAAAUUCUUCGUGUGUUGUCACCACUCGAACAAAGCAGAGUUAUUCGACAACUCAAUUUAUUGAACCGACUUCACGUGAACCACCUUGCACUUUUGGGUGUUGACGAAGCACGACUCGCAUUUUCAAAUAGCUAUUUGUCAUCGCCACAGGUCGACCAAUUCCAACACGAGGGUAUGAUUGUUCAAGCAAAUGACAUGGGCGACUAUUUGAUGAAAACGAAUGAUGCAGACCCAAUUGAAGUUCAAAAGAAAAAAUUGGAAGACGUUGAGAAGGAGAUGCAGCGACUCAACAGAAAAUUUGAAGAAACCCCGUUUUUGAAGAACGCGAUGAUAAAAAGAAGUUCAGAACAAUACAACAAAUUGCUUGAGGAGAUGGUUGUUAAAAUAGAACAGGCGGUUGGACAUAAAGCGAAAGAGAGUUACGAACUUGCAAAGAAAAUCGACGACAACGUUGAAAAACUUGAGAUGAACAUGGACCUGAUGACCGAGAAGAAGAGAACAGAAACUUUGAAACAAAUUCGAUUGAUGAAAAAACAGAGAGAAAAAAUGAACAACGGAGUCAACGAGUACAGAGCGACUUUAAAUAAAAUGAUGAAGAAACUGAAAAGGUCAAGCUUGGCUGUGGUAAAAGCGGCGAAAAAAGUUGAAAGGACAAACAAAAUAUGUUCAAAGGGAGUUUCAGAGAAACAAGUUGUUAAGCGUGGCAUUGACGAGGUGGUUGACAAAAUUGCGAAAAAGGCUGGAAAGAUGAUUGACACGAACAUAAAGAAAAACGAAGUGAAGAAUGUCGAUUUGAAAAACAUUGUGAGAACGGCACCAAAAACACAGAACGCGACUCAGACUGUUCAAAACAACAAAAAAGAAGAGAAAAAGGUCAAAAAAACCAUCGAGCAAAUUAUCAAAGAAACUGCGUGUGACGAAAUGAAAAAAAUCAGAAAUGAAAAUUUGAUGAAAAUGAAACAAAUGGGGAAGAAAGAGCAACAAAGAGAAGUUAUCAAAGAGGUGAAGAGAGAAUUAAGUGUCGACGUUUCGAAGGCUGGCAUCGAAAAGUCGCUGAAGAAGGCAAAAGAGGCUGUAAAGAAGGUCGACAAAAUGACGGAACUCUUCAAGGAAAUGGCAGCAAGCAAAGAAAUGAUUGAGGAGGAAGUCAACACCGCUCUCGAAAUCUAA